GGAGCCCGGCGGUGCCCUGGACUGUCACCUCCCGCUGCAGCAGCAGGUGCCCCGGGCCCGUGGGGGGCGCCUCCGCGGCGGCGGGGAGGGGUUGUGGGCUGGAGAGGCCGAGCCGGCUGCACGGCCUGGGGCCGGGGCCUGGGCCCGGCCCGCCGCCCCCCCACGCCUCGCUGGGCGCUCCGGGCGGCGGCGGUCCCGGCUCGGCGGCCGCCCGCACCGACAAGGAGACGGUGUACGAAUGGUUCGGGCUGGUGCUGGGCUCGGCGCAGCGCCUGGAGUUCAUGGUGGGGCUGCUGGACCUGUGCAACCCGCUGGAGCUGCGAUUCCUGGGCUCCUGCCUGGAGGACCUGGCCCGCAAGGACUACCACUGCCUCCGCGACUCGGAGGCCAAGGCCAACGGGCUCAGCGACCCCGGGCAGCUCGGCGACUUCCGCGACCCCGCCGUGCGCUCCAAGCUCAUCGUCUACCUGGCCCUGCUGGGCUCCGAGAACCGCGAGGCCGCCGGCCGCCUGCACCGCCUCCUGCCCCAGGUGGACUCCAUCCUGCAGAGCUGCCCGGCGGCGCGGCGGGCCCCGGCCGAGGAGGAGGAAGAAGAGGAGGAGGAGGAGGAGGGGGACGUGGUGGUGGUGAUGGACGGAGCCGCCGAGAACGGGCAGGCCGGGCUCCCCGCCGCCCAGGGCCUGGGCUGCGGCGCGCAGGAGGAGCUGCUCCUGCUCUUCACCAUGGCCUCGCUGCACCCGGCCUUCUCCUUCCACCAGCGGGUCACCCUGCGGGAGCACCUGGAGCGGCUGCGGAGGGCCCUGUACGGGGACCAGGAGGAGGAGGAGGAGGGCUUCGGCCGCCACCCAGCCCAGAACGACUUUUCCCAUGGUGACUGCAUGUCAAGUAAUGAAAACAGUUUGCUAGAACGAACCACAGCACCUCAUGAUGGACUCCCAAUGGCUUCCCACAGACCUCAGAGAGAAGCUGUACACAUUGAGAAGAUAACCCUGAAAGACGUAUCAAGAAAAAGGGCUGACAAACAUUUGGAGUACACAUUCAAAGUAACCUGGUCCGAUUUUUCUGUGACAUGUGUAACAAAAACACAUCAAGAGCUUCAGGAAUUCCUGCUAAAACUCCCAAAGGAACUGUCUUCUGAAGCAUUUGACAAGGCUAUUUUAAGAGCACUAAAUCAGGGUUUUCAGAAGAGGGAAGAACGAAGGCAUGCUGAUCUUGAGCCCAUAAUCAGGCAGCUAUUUUCAAAUACAUCACAAGCUUUUCUGCAGAAUCAGAGAGUAUACAACUUCUUCCAGUCAAUUUCAUCAGAAUCUUUGCACACUCACAGUAACUUACAACCCUCUUUGAAGACGGUUAAGACAGCAGAACACUUCAAGGAGGACAGUUCAGAAGCUUCAAGUCAGGAGGAAGAUGUAAUGCAGCACACAGCAGUUCACAAGAAACAUAAUGGAAAAAGUCCUGUUGCCAACACUAGCAGUGCAAAAUGUUCUUCACUGGAUAGCCUUAACAUUCAGCACUCAGAGCAGAAUGGGGUAAUGGACUGGAGGAGGAAAAGCUGUAUUGUCCAACAGCACCCAGAGCACUGUACUAACCUACUUGACCAGCACACAGUGGAAAAACGAAGUCUGUCUACAGUAAGCAAGAAGAAAGGAAAGCCACAGCUGGAAAAGGAGAAAGCAAAGAAAACUGACUGCAGGUUGACUAACAGGAGCAAUGGAGUUCGAGUUGCAGCAUCACAGCACAUCCGUACCGGGACAGCAAAAGAUCUGAAUUUGGAUGCUGGAUCUGGUCAUGAUACGUGUGGAGAAACAUCAUCUGAAAGUUACAGCUCUCCUUCUAGUCCACGACAUGAUGGGCAGGAAAGCUUUGAUAGUGAAGAAGAAAAAGACAGAGAUACAGACAGCAAUUCUGAGGACUCUGGGAAUCAAAAUACAACCAGGUUUACAGGCUACAGUGCUGUCAGUUCAUCAAAUAUGAACAAAUCAUCUGCUCAGAUCUCUGCAGUGAAUAAUGAAAAUGGGAGCCUUUCAGAAGAUCCUUUGAAUGCAAAGUUUCAGCAUAUUUCCUUCAUGCCUGCCUUACACUGUGUGAUGCACAGCGCUGCCCAAAAGCCUGAAGCAGUUGUCCCACCACCCAUAUCUGCAGAUGGUAAAACCAUGGGAAUGCUGGUUACCACACCUGUCGCUGUCUCACCGGUGAGAGAGGCUGCGAACUCCCCUCCUGCGGGAAUGGGCCCAGUGACCUCUGGUGAAUCUGAGAAACGCCUUGAGCUCAUGGCUUCCCCUUUGCCAGUCCCAUCCUCUUUCCUUCCACAUUCUGUCCAGCCUGGUAGCCCUGCUUUGCAUUUGGCAAUACAUAGGUUGAAAAUCCCCUCUCCACAGGGAUCAUCAGAAAGUUGCACAGUUAAUGGACCACAGCAGCCGACAGGAAACUUAAGUAUCGGAUCACCAAAUACUGCCUUUAUCCCAGUCCACAAUCCAGGUAGUUUCCCAGGAUCCCCAGUUCCUACUACAGAUCCCAUCACAAAACCUGCAUCCCAGGUGGUAGGACUGAAUCAAAUGGUGCCUCACAUUGAGGGAAACCCAGGAGCAAUCCCUCAGCCUACCAAUCUCAAGGUAGUUCUUCCAGCAGCUGGUCUCUCCACAGCAGCACCACCACCUCCACCAGCUUCGUACGCUUUGCCAGGCAGCCCUCACGGUACCAGUGUGCUGCCCAACCAGAAUACAAACGUGCUGAGCACUGGAGCAACUUCCUCACCUCCUCAGUCUGCUGGCCUCGGUCAGGUCCAGUCCACUGUUCCUCCUGCAAUCCCAACACACACGCCAGGCCCUGCCCCCAGCCCAAGCCCCGCUCUAACACACAGCACUGCACAGAGUGACAGCACAUCCUACAUAAACGCUGUUGGGAAUAAUAACACUAACGGGACAAUGUUACCUCCGCAGCAGUUGGGAUCUGGCCCUUGUGGCUCUUGUGGACGUAGGUGUAGCUGUGGGACCAAUGGCAGCCUUCAGAUUAAUAGCUAUUUUUAUCAUAACCCACUUCCUGGACAAGUCUACAGAGUUCCAUCUUUCUUCACUCUGCCAUCACUUUGCAAUGGCAGCUACCUCAAUCAAGCACAUCAAAGCAAUGGAACACAACUUCCAUUCUUCCUGCCUCAGUCUCCGUAUGCAAACGGGCUUAUGCAUGACCCAGUGAUGGGAAGCCAAGCCAACUAUGGUAUGCAGCAGAUGGCAGGAUUUGGGAGGUUCUAUCCUGUAUAUCCAGCACCUAACGUAGUUGCCAACACGAAUGGGUCAGGACCCAAGAAGAAUGGGAACGUUUCAUGUUACAAUUGUGGUGUAAGUGGACACUAUGCGCAGGACUGUAAGCAGUCAUCCAUGGAGGCCAGUCAACAAGGCACUUACAGACUGAGAUACGCACCUCCCCCUCCCCCUUCCAAUGAUACCUUGGAUUCUGCAGACUGAAACAAGUAAACAUUGCCUACUUAAAGUGAAGCUUGGGAAAUCUGGGGGAAGGUGUGUGUGGGAGGGGGAGGUUGGUCUUGUGUUUUGGGACAUUCCCGGUUUUAUAUUCUUUUGGAAUUUUUCAUUGCUUUUGCACCUCUGUUCCAUACAAAAGAAGAAGGCUGAGUCCCUGGUCUCCUCCUGGUUCUACAAGAGGCUUGCGUAAUGCAUGUAAUUCACACACACAGCCAAACAAUCAGACAGAGCAUUCGAACCAUGCUUUUGCACUGAAGACUUGAGACAUGUGCAAUGUUUACUGCAGUU